GAAUCAAUCAGCCAAUUUAUUAUGUUUUCCUGACGGUUUUGAUGCCAUUUAACAUGUUUCCUUCUCCCUGCCCCACCCCCUCUUCCAGACUGGUUUCCUGUAUGUCAGAACUCCCAGCUGGGGGCUGCUGUUGCUGCUGCCUGUGUGAUUAGAGAGCCAGCAGCACAGAGGCUGCAGCCUUAAUCCCGGAGCCUCACACUAAAGGAAAGCUGCUUGUUUAUCUGAGCUGAGACCUUGUGCAUGUGCACGCCUGCAUGCUAUAACGCCCACCAUAUCUCGUCAAGUCUCUGCAUCUAGGAGGGAAUCAUUGCCUGUGCUUCGUGACCCAAGCCACUUCAGGACCACAUCCCGACCAGACCCGUGACCUUGUCCGUAGAACAGGACACAGGAGAAGAAGUGGAGCUGUUUCCAUCUCAUUCCAGCCAGGAGCUGGAAGCGAUGCUUUGAUUGUGCUCUGGGUCCCUUCCUCAAAGGAAACGCAUCCUGUUAAUGUUUGACUGAAGUGCCAGUGCUCAGUGUUUGUUGCAGCAGCAACGCCCUAAUGCUCACCAAAACAGCCUGAAAAACAACCGUUUCCUCUGAUUUCAGAACGUUUCCCGGUAUCCCGGCAGCUCUGUGCCCAGCCUAGCACGGUGUGUACUGCGAGAAGACGCACAAAUUGCAGUUUCAUAUCAGGAUUACUUCACCGCAGAGCUUAAUAUUUCACUUUCCAGGGAAGGGUUGCCUCAGUGUCAGGACUGUACACAAGGCUGUUUACACUGGCUUUCAGCAAGCUGCAGACAGGUGCUUGAGGCCAGCACUAACAGGAUUCUCAGGUUCAUUGUGGGCCCUGUAGUUGGUGUGCUUGUUUUUGUAACAAAGCAAUGGACCUGUGUGCACACCAGCUUCUCACUGCUGCAUCUCCGGUCAAGAAAGCCCAAGAGGGUGGAUAAAGGCACUUGGUACUUGGUAAUCUGGAGCAGCCGGUAUAACAUUUGGAAUUCAAUGCUGAUAUUGUCAGAUAAGAAGAUGGAAGCUCACCUGCCCUAGCAGCUCUUGACUCUACUGCACGGUCAAUGCAGACGUGGUUGAGCGUGGGAAUAACAAGGCGUGCGGAGCUGUUAACUACAGAGGGCUCCAGAUUAAGGCCAUGGCUGUCAGAAAGCUACUAGCCACUGCUGUGGCAGUUGCACUGCUGUCUCUGAUUUUGAACAAUGUGGCGGCCUUCACUCCAAACUGGGUGUACCAGGCGCUGGAGGAUGGGAGAAAGCGCAGUGUGGGCUUGUGGAAGAUGUGCUACGAGAGAGGCAAAGGGACAAGCAAGCAUGGACAGACGCUGGAACGUGAGUGUGAGAGCCUGGGCUGGGGAUCGGACUACCCUGGAUUUCAGGAAUCUCGCAGUACAGUCAAACUUCAGUUUGACAUGAUGCGAGCCUGUAACCUGAUUGCCACAGUAGCCUUAACAGCAGGUCAGCUCAUCUUCCUGCUGGGACUGGUGGAGCUGCCACUGAUUACCCAGGAUUCGCAGUGGUGGGAAGAAGCCAUAGCAGCCCUGUUCCAGCUGUCCAGUUUCGUUCUGGUGAUUGGGCUGGUGACAUUCUACCGGAUUGGUCCCUACACACACCUGUCCUGGUCCUGUUACCUGGACAUCGGAGCUUGCCUUGCCGCGACCCUGGCGGCUGCCAUGCUGAUUUGGAACAUCCUGCAUCGCCGGGAGGACUGCCUGGCGCCUCGUGUCAUCGUAAUCCGCCGCUCUCUCAGCGCACGCUUCAGACCCCGCUUUGAAAACGAUUAUGUGGAGUCGCCGUGCUGAGAAGCACCAGCGGUGCACAAGCGUGCGGGAUCCACGGGAUCUCGUCUUCUGUUAUUAACCAUGGAUCUAACAACCACCCAAUGCCAGCAACUGGAGGGUUGGGUGUGAGAGGGGGGAGCAGAUACUGAAGUUGGGUCCCAGGAUGGCUUGUGCACAAAGUUCUGAAUGGAAUAAGCUAUAAGUGGACAGGUCUGCCGGGACCUGCUCAGGAGCACAUAUUUCAAGUAAACAAUUGCUCUAUAUCCGAGCCAACACGCCCUGUUGAGAUGGUGAUGGAGGAAAUAUUCAGGAUGUUGUAAUGAGGUUUUCAAGCUAUUGAAUGAGCUAUGCAGGUAACUGGGUGAAGGAGUGCCCACCUGCGGGGUGAGAGAUACAGAACACAGCCCACCUCACUGCCUGCCAGCUCUGAACCUAACCAGCCACUCUCUCAGAUGCACAACAUUCCCAUCAAUGAGAUCUCUGCUAUCACAACCAUCAUUAAAGAAACCAGAUGGAUAAUCUAAACUUUAAUUUCCAUAGGAUAUAAUACUAUACAUAUAAUUUAUACCUUGCAUUGAAAUAAUGAUUUGCCUAAAAUCCUGUUUGUAUGAGACUACUUUUUUGCUUUUUCCUCUGACAUUAAUGAAACGGAGAGAGCGACGCGAGGGUAAGGGGCCGAACCCGACUGCUCAUGGACACCACAAAGCACAGAAACGAGCAGCAGGGAUGAGGGUUAAUCAGUCUUAGAGAUCAGAUAAUUAGGCACUGCUGUACCCAUGCCCAUGCUUCACUGUGACAGCUGUGCUAUACCUGUACUAAGUGCUUGUGUAAUUUGCGCUGGUAUUUAUCUAAAACCCAAACCUUGGAUCUAGUUUGCUGACUUGAUUCAGACAGCAGAGGGCAAGCAGCCACUAUUGGGAUUACCUGUACUAACUACCAUCAUGUAAAAUGUACAACACAGAAUUCGAAGUAUAUUUGAUAGGUCACUGUCUCACAACAACAAGGUGCAUUUAUAUGGCGCCGUUCACAUGGGGUAAUGUCAUGGAGCGCUCACAGCAUUAUGGGCCAAGAAAAAAAGGGCUAAAUUGUGUUUAAAAAGCAGUGACUGUACAAUUGUAGUACAGAGCAUGUGUGCACUAUAAUAUUUUAAAUCUCUCAUGUGAGCUAAAUUUAAAACCUGUAAUAUGGUUUACACUUAUGUAUAAUGCUUUUCACUCUGGGAGGACGUCGCAAAGAUUAUGCUGGUUGGGCACCCAAGCUAGGGGCGUGGGGGGAGAAUCAAAGGGGAUAAGGAGAGAAUUUAUCACAUACACACACACACACACACACAUUAUGUUACUACGUAAAAUACAGAAUUCUCAAAACCGUCUGCUCCAGAAAUCUCAAAACUUCCCUGUCCCAAUGAUACAAACCCAGUGAUGCCAAACAUUCUGUGCCAGUGACAGAAGAAUUACACAGCAAGUCUGACAUAGUAACACUCUGCUUUGUCAAUUUCACUUAACUUCAGAGAAGAAAAAAAAG